AUGACGACAAUUACAUUGAGGAAGAACCUUAACGGGAUGAACACCAUUGGUAUGGAGGACUAUGUGGAUGAGACCGAGAUAGCCAGUGUGGUGGCAUGGAUAAACGACCUACCUCUUUCUAGACCAAAACGUAACAUAGCUAAGGAUUUCGAGGAUGGAGUUUUGGUGGCCGAAGUUAUUAAGUUUUACUUUCCGAAGAUGGUGGAUCUUCAUAAUUACAAGACUGUCAGUAGUACCAAACAGAAAAGAGACAAUUGGAGUCUUUUAAACAGACGUGUCCUUAAACGACUCGGUAUGGACUUGUCUGAUGACGUCAUACGGGCGUUAGCUAACGCCGAGAAUCAUGUAAUAGAACGGAUUUUGAUCAUACUGCGGAUGCAGAUUGACAACUUACUGACAAGGCAAGGUAGGAGCCGCCGAGAAGUAGAUUUAGAAUUUAUGAAUUCCAAGCAACAAAGCGAAAACGAAAAAACACCCAUCGUAAAAGACGUUACAAGCCCCAAGGAAAACUCUAAGCAUGCAAAGGACCCUAAUAGUCAAGCUCUAGUGCCCAUGGGGGCAAAGUCAACGGGGAGGACAUCGCCUUCAAAAUCUCCACGGAAGUCACAGGCAAAGGGGGAUAAUUCAUAUACAAACCGACCUGUACUAGAGCCUCUGGCCUUACCCUCUGAAAGAUCAUCACAAGUGAAGUCGCCACGACGAAUUUACCUGAAGGGGGAAAUCCCACACAACCACCCGGACAGAUCAACCUACUUCAGCGACAAGCGGCUCAUACCGGAUGUAUUACCGUACUACCCUUACUGGUACAGCCCUACUGCUAAUGUUCCCAGGUCUGUUAUGGAGGAAAUGAAACUCGAGAUCAUGCAGAAGGACGCAACAAUCAAAAUGCUGAAUUCCAGAAUUCAAAGCUUGGAAAGCCUAUCAGGUCUGAAACAGGCGCGCAUCGAGAAAUUACAAGCAGAGGUGAAUGAUUUCACCAGAGUGUACUACGUGACAGAUGAUCGGAAAAUCGUCAGAUAA